CCUCCCGCCGCAGGUGGCCGGCCGCGCCUGGACCUGAUCUCGCCCUCGGACGGCUACCACGGCCUGGUGAGCGAGAGCAGCAGGCGGGUGGAUGUCACGCCGCCGAUCCGCGCCGUCGGCGCCGACGUCUGCGGCUUCCGCAUCGUCAACCAGUACCACGGCGACGCGCCGUUCGAGGUGGUUACCACGGACGAGGCCACGGGCGAGGCCGAGAUCAUGGCGCUGCGGCCCCUCAACUGCGAGAAGCGCAAGAGCUACCGGUUCGACCUUGCGGCCGUCGGCUGCGGAGUCGGGUCGCCCAUGUCUGACAACGUGACGGUACACAUCGAGGUGGAGGACGUGAACGAGUUCGCGCCCCGCUUCACCGAGCGUUCGUACAUCCUGGACGUGGACGAGGGCCGCCUGUACGACGAGAUCGUCCAGGUGUCGGCCGAGGACAAGGACUGCUCGCCCAAGUACGGCGACAUCUGCCAGUACGAGAUCCUGAGCAGCGACCAGCCUUUCAUCAUCAACAGCCAGGGUACCAUCCGCAACACUGAGCCGCUGUCGUACGAGAAGUCGCACAACCACAUCCUCUUCAUCGUGGCCUACGACUGUGGCAUGAAGAAGUCGGACAAGGUCACCGUCACCAUCAAGGUCAACCGGGUCUGCCACCUCGGCUGGAAAGAUCUGCCCGAGCACGUGGAGUACGCGCCGGCCUCGGGCGCCGUCCAGCUGUUCCCGGACGCCACGCUGGACAUGUGCGAGGUGCCGUGCGCCGUGGACCGCGUGCAGAGCAAGAUCUCGCUGCAGACGUCGCACAUCGGCAAGGGCUGCGACCGCGACACGUACUCGGUGGAGAGCCAGCGCAAGCUGUGCGGCGCCGACCGGCGGGCGGUCGACCUGCUGCCGUCGCCGUCCGCCGGCGCCGAGUGGACCCGCCCGCUGCCGCGCGACCACGGCCACGAGUCGGACGAGGUGUUCCAGUUUGACGGCGUCAGCACGGCGGUGGUGGUGCCGCCGUCGGUGAUGAAGCCCCAGCUGGGCACCACCUUCACCGUGUCCAUGUGGCUUCGGCAUGCCGACCACCCUGGCCAGGACAAACACGUCAAGGAGCACAUCCUCUGCAACGCCGACGACCACAGGAUGAACCGUCACCACUACGCGCUGUUCAUUCGCAACUGUCAUUUGAUCCUGUUGCUGCGUCGCGAGUACGACGAGGCCAACCUCAACACGUUCUCCCCGGCCGAGUGGCGCUGGCAGAUACCGCAGGUGUGCGACGACGAGUGGCAUCACUACGCGCUGAGCAUGAAGUACCCGGAGCUGUCGCUGGUCGUGGACGGCCGGCUGCUGAAUGUCGAACCCCAGAUGCACGAGGUCAUCGACGACUGGCCGCUGCACUCGGCGCCCGACCUUGCCACGCGCCUCAGCGUUGGCGGCUGCUGGCAGGGCUCUGAGUCUCGGAUGAAGCACAUCUUCAACGGCUACAUGGCUGGCCUGUCGGUGCUGCGCGGCGCCGCUGAGAAACCGAAGGUGUUGAGCUGCCUGUACAGCUGCAGCGAGUCGCUGCAGGCGCCCUCCGUCGAACUCCUGCUGCCUGGAAUGGAGCUGCUUGCCAAUAACGACAUGACGGAGGUGACCGUGGAGGGAAGCAACCGGACCCACAUUGAGAGCCUGUUCAGGAAGAUCGCGUACGUCAACACCCGCGAGUUCCCCACCGCCGGCCGACGUGGUCUGAAGGUCAUCACCAACUUGGUGUGCACCAGCGGCAAGGUGGUGAAGAUCCCAGUGGUGGACAGCUACGUUUUAGUGCGUCAGCCGCGCUACCUCCACAUCGCUGUCAACGGCACCGACAACUUCUCCGACGACUACGAGCAGCUGAAGACGGGCGUCGCCGUGUUCCCUGACAUUAAGAUCCUGGCCGGCACCGACCAAAUGGAGCUGAACGCGGUUCGCCAGGGCGACCAUAAGCUGGACAAGUGCACAGUGACGGUGUACCCGCCGCUGAAUCCUGAGCAUGAGGCGCUGGCGCUCAACCAGCGCCUGCUGGAGGACCUGCAGCUGCGUGCCAAGCUCAACAAGGAUGGUCUGGUGGUCCACGGACCCGGGCAGCCGGCCAAGUACCAGGAGGCGCUGCGCUACGUCCAGUACACCAACCGCAAGCCGGCCUACUACCUGAACCGGGCGUUCAAACUGCUCUGCUCGAGCAUGAGCGAGCGCUUCAUCAGCAACGAGUACGUGCAGACUCUGACGGUGAUCCACCCGGCGCGCCGCACCGAGCCGCCGAAGCGGCCGACGACGGCCGCGCCGCCGGCCGCCGCCGCCCCGGAGGAGCCGGCUGCCGCCGCGCCGGCCCAGCAUGAGGCCGUGCCGGCGCCGGUGGCACACAUACAGGACGCGCGCCAUCACGUGCAGCUCAAGUCGUGGACGGCCGGUCAUCAGCUGCACUCGGCCGGAGCGAGCCACGCGGUCACCAUCAUCAUCGUGGUGUGCAUCGGCUUCCUGGUGUCGAUGAUCGUGCUGGGCGUGAUCCGGAUCCGCGCCGCCCACCGCCACCAGGAGGAGUCGGCCGACGCCGAGAUGGCCUGGGACGACUCGGCGCUCAACAUCACCGUCAACCCCAUGGAGCAGGACGCGGCGGCCGGCGGCGGGCCGCAGGCGACCGGCGAGGAGGACAGCUCCGACGACGGCAGCGACUACGACAGCUCGGACGGCGAGGGCGACGACGACGAGGACGUGGCGCCGCCGCGCAAGCAGCAGCUCGAGUGGGACAACAGCCUGGCCAUCUGAGCCGGCCGGCGCCGCGCUUGUGAUAGCGGCGGGCCCCGUUCGCCGCCGCCGGCGCCGCCGGCCGCCGCCGCCGGCCGCGCCCAGGCAAGUGCCAUACCGUAGAGUAGCGUGGCGUAGCCGUUCGGUGUUGGCGCCAGGCGUACUGGAGCGCGGCCGGAGCGGAGCGCGGCCGCGCGGGCCGGCGGCCGACCGGGCGGUCCCCAAUCACGCUAACCCACUUCUAGUCGAGCCGCGACCGCCCCGUGCCGCCACCAACCUCCGGCAGCAAUAACUCCCGACAGAGCGCCGGCCGUGGAACCGGCGACCCUCUCCCGGCCGCGUGUCGGCCGCUGCCGGCGCGGCUGCGACGCGAGGGGACCGGGGUGGCGCCCGCGGCCGCAUCUCGAGCGCACCGUCUAUAUGUCGGAUUCGUUCUCCGUUGGCAGCUGUUGUUUGUGGAGUUUGUGUUCGCUGCCGGCGCGUGGUCGCGCUGCCGCGGCCGACGCUGCGGCAGUGAAUGGACCCGACGCCGUGCGGUGCACCGGGCGGGGCAGUCUGACACCAGACUCUUCAGUCUGGGUCAGGUCGGCCGGCGACCCGACCUGGUAGCCCAGUGACAGAUCGGGCAGUCUGGAGCCACGUUUAUCUCGCCGCGGCGAAUUCUCCGGUAUCACGCUUGGCAGUCUGGUGUUGGACUGAUCAGCCCAGCGGCAGAUCGCUUGACCCGGUCCAGACUGGCCGGUCCGGCGCUGACUGCGCAGUCUGGUGUUUAAACUGUGGACUGUACAGCCUGGUAUUUGACCUGUGGACAUAAUCAGCGUAGCUUGUCGCGGCCGGUCACUGAGCGCCACCCGGCCCCAGCAGCGCCGUCGCCACCUGUACUGCGCACUCACAUAUCCCGGGGCACCGACGCGGUGGCUCGGCCCGGGCCGUGUCUCGUAGCGUAGGACGCGCGCGCCGGCCAGCGCUGGCCAGCGCCCGACCGAGAUCGGCUCGCUGGACGCGCGCCGGUCCGUUGACAGCCAUAUCACGCCGCUGCGGCCCGGGCGCGGGGUGACGUCACUGAUCGGGCCGUGUCCCAGUGACGUCACGGUCGGCCGUGGGAGGCUCCCGGCCGGCCGGGCCGCGCGGAGGCCGGGUGCGGGUGUUUGUCCGAUUAACAUUCCAUCUUGCAUCACAUGGUGUGCUCUGGUUCCGAUUCGUGCGCUAACGGUCGUGGAGGGGUCACGUGACCCAUGACGUCACGCGCGCGCCCUGAACCCGUGCAGAAUGUGUUCUGUUGAUGUGGAAAUGUCCAGUGUUAUAAUCUCUAUACCUUAAGAGCUGUCGCACUGAUAGGUUGAGUCUGUCAACGCCGAUACUUUUUGUAAUGUAGAUCACCAAUAAAUUCUUUCACCACCA